AUUUUUUUCCAUAAUAGAAGUAUUUGGUUUGGUGUCGCAGCGGAACUGAUGAAUAAACGCAAAGGUUCCUCCCGGACUGUGUUUUGUGGAGGACAGGAGCUGGAAUAACAGGAAGAGGAGCAGCAGCCACUAUGGCCGAGACGCACAGCUUGCAGGACCUGCGGCAAGCAGCCGUCGCCUCCAAGGUUUUCGUUCAGAGAGACUACACCUCUGGAACCAUCUGCAAGUUUCAGCUCAAGUUCCCGGCCGAGCUGGAGAGCAGGAUCGACAAGCAGCAGUUUGAGGAGACCAUACAGACCCUGAAUAAUCUCUAUGCAGAGGCGGAGAAGUUGGGCGGCAGGUCAUAUCUGGAGGGCUGUCUGGCCUGUCUCACUGCGUACACAAUCUUCCUCUGCAUGGAGACCCACUACGAGAAAGUGCUGAAAAAGAUUGCCAAGUACAUCCAGGAGCAGAAUGAGAAGAUCUACGCUCCUCUCGGGCUUCUCCUGACUGACCCCAUAGAGAGGGGCCUCAGGGUUGUGGAGAUCACUAUUUUUGAGGAUAGAAGUAUUGGUUCAAGAUAAAACACACCAAAGGAUCCUGUUUGGAACGUGAUUAUUGGCCUGCUGGAUUCAGAACCUGCUUCUCCAUCUCAUGAUAUAACAAACAUUUUGCUUCAAAUGUAGAUAGUAUACCUUUUUUUUUUUUUUCAGACCACUGAUCCAUUAUUUUUUGUAUUUUAUAUUUUACAGAGGGAGAGAGUGGUUGUAUUCUGUAUUUUAGUGAGACUCUCCAAACUAUCUUUCCCUCAGUUAACAGCUUUCCAAUGUCUUACUUAAUCUGAGUUGUUUUAAAUCUAUGUUGUGCCAUGUAAUUUUAUAUUGCAGCUCCAGUGCGUUCCCUUCUCUUGUUUUCUGUAUAUACUUGUCUUGAAUAGGAAGUAUAGAUUAAGUGCACAAUGUUCAGCCGUAAUAGAGUUGCAUCUUGAUAAUUCUGAUCUUUUGUGACGAAAAAACUAAAACUUGUUCUUGGUAUCUUCUCUAAUUUGUGCUUGUGAAAAUGAUCAUAACAUUCAAGAAGAAGCUUCAGUUUUGUGUAUGUGGAAAUUUAAGACUAAUAGUUAUAGUUUGUUAUAUUUAAUGAUUUUCUGUAAUAAUUGGUUUAGUUAUAAGUCACUGUUCUAUUCCAUUCCCUCUAGUUUGUGUAUUCUUCCAUGAUGUUUCACACUACAUUUGACUAUAUUUACCAGUCAACUACUGUGCUUUUAUCAUGUCUGCGAGAUAAUCCUUAUUACACACAAAUGCCAUAAAUCCUUAAAAGGCAUGGUUUGCAUUUAAUAUUGCGUCCCCAGCUUGUGUUUCAGACUGCUGUCAGGUCGAACUGUCUUUUGCGUAAAUCUUUUUAUCAGUGUUGUAUCAUAAUGUCUUUUUUGAAAAUCUUUUGACACUUAUUUAAACUAUGUAUCGUACAAUAAAUAGUGUUUUCUUGAACAAAUUAA